UAUAAAAAUUGUAAGUGUUCGCAUACUUUUGAGCGGCAGUGUACAUCCUGCUUGAAUACUUAUCCCUUCCUCAAAACGCAAUUUCUUUGCGCAACAUUCAAUGUUCUGUUCGAAAAAAAAAUAGUACUAGUCGAACAAACAAUGGAGAAACAAAUAAAAGAAACUGUUCUUUUCGUUCUUCUCACGAUAUCUGCGUUAAAAAAUUAUAUAUCAUGUAUGGAAAUUUCUUCACAGAUCGUAUUCGACUCGCGAGAAAACGAAGGAAAUUCCAACGAUUUCAGUUUAAGAGAUUUUCUAAAUUUAAACGAAGUUCACGAUCAGAUAGCAACGGCUCAGCAAAUUUUAAAAUCUUUCACCUUUAAAAUAAAUAGUGAAAAUGAGCUUAGAAUGCUGAAUACGAAAAGAAGUGAUUUUAUAGGGGAUGACUCAUUGGAACAGCCAGUUGUUAUUAAUAAUAUUCAAAUUACGGUGAAUGGAAACGGGACGAAGUCCACUGUGGACGUGUGCAAAAAUGGCAUUUGUAAUGUUUCGGUCUCAUCGAGACUAAAUGACGAGGGUGACAUCAUAACAAAUGUUCGUCUUACCAUAGCAACGAAAUUGAAAACUGAUUUUAAGAAAAAUGACAUUCCAAUUGUGGAUGGAAUUCGUGGUAUAGAAAAUACAUACAAUCAUCUGAAUCGUUCACGUCCAUUGUUAUAUCUAUACAAAACUAUUCCACAGAUUCAAAGUCGUUACCAAGGUGGUGAACCAUGGUACCAAAAUCGAAGAAGUAUUGAAAAACCUGAAGUUAAACCUGUUGUUGAUGAUAAAAUCGAUCCACCUUUCAGCAAAACUCAAUCCAACGAGGAAUAGAAAUCGAGAAAUUAUUAAUACACGAUAGUUUUCUUGUAAACAGUAUCAUCGCGUUUAAUAAAGUAUAAAUUCUAUUAAUA